CGCCCACUUAUCUCCCCCAACCCGAAGACAGGACACCCUUCUGUUUGACACGUUCUCCUUACCCUCCCCCUCAUUUCCCGCACUGCCCAGCUCAUCGGCUACGGGCGCGCUAGCACCCUCGUACCCCCAUCGUACCCUUGCUUCCCCCAGAUUGCUCCCCCCUCGUUAGCGCCUUGCUUAGCGACAGCAGUUCAUAUAAUCGAAACAAUCCCAUAAGCCUCUUUGGCCUCAAUUCCCGACCCAGGGUUUCGAGGUAAUCUGUUUUGCAGCCACCAUCAGUCUAAUGUGUCAGGUCUACGAGACAAGUUACCUUUUAGCUCUCACCUCUUAGUUGCUUAGUUCCUAGCCAGUCUUGCCGCUGGCGCUGCCUAGGGUUAAGAGUGCAUCGGCGCUCACUCGGGUCAAGAGCUGCGGAGGUAUUAGCAGCGGCUGUAGCAGCUGCAGCAGCUGUAGCCGCUGUAGUGGGGGGGGCACUCAACCCGGCGCCAUGGUGGGCAGUCCAACGCCGGUUCUCGCGAAGCUGCUGCCGGCGGCCGGCGGGCUGAAGGGCGGCGGAUCUAGCGGAGACGAGUUCGAGAAGCUUCGGAGCAACUCGUUCGUGCAGCGAUCCGCUCGGACCAUGGGAUGGCUGCAGGCAUCGUGUCUCAGUCUGUUCGUCUUCGUCAUGGCCGUCGGCAUCUUGACGCGCUCUCCGCCGCAAAUGGCGGGGAUGCUGGAUGCGGAGCUUCCAACGUGGGGAAGCGCGGCGUGGGAGCACCAGGUGCUUCUGUCGGCAACACCGAGGGCUGGCGGAAUGGUUGUGCUGGUAACGGGCGCAGCAGGCUUCGUGGGCUCGCACACGUCACUCGCGCUAAAGGAACGCGGCGAUGGUGUGGUGGGAAUUGAUAAUUUCAACAGCUAUUAUCCCCCGGCGCUGAAGCGCGCACGGCAGCAACGCCUCGAGAGCAAGGGAGUGUUCAUCGUCGAUGGCGACAUUAACGACGCAGUGUUACUGGCGAAACUUUUCGAGCUCGUCAAGUUCACGCAUGUGCUACAGCUCGCGGCGCAGGCCGGUGUUCGUUACGCCGUUGUCAACCCCCUCGCGUACGUCCACAGCAACGUCGCAGGCUUCGUCACGCUUCUCGAGCAGGCCAAGAGCGUGGAUCCUGCCCCCGCUAUAGUCUACGCGUCGUCCAGCAGUGUGUAUGGGCUGAAUUCGAAGGUGCCCUUUUCGGAGGAUGACCGCACGGACCGCCCCGCGAGUCUGUACGCCGCUACUAAGAAAGCGGACGAGGUGCUGGGCCACACGUACAACCACAUCUACGGGCUCUCGAUCACGGCGCUCCGGUUCUUCACGGUGUAUGGCCCGUGGGGCCGCCCGGACAUGGCCUACUUCUCGUUUGCGCGCAACAUCAUGGCGGGCAAGCCAAUCAAGAUCUUCCGCGGGCCCAAGGGCGAGGAGCUGGCCCGUGACUUCACGUACAUCGACGACGUGGUGAAGGGGUGCCUCGGCGCGCUGGACACGGCGGAGCCGAGCAUUGGCGCGCAGCAGGCGCAGAAGAGGAAGGGCAAGAAGCGCCGCGCGCAGUUCCGCGUUUUUAACCUCGGAAAUACCCAGCCCGUGAAGGUCGGGGAGUUUGUUGGGAUCCUGGAGAACCAGCUGCAAGUGAAGGCCAUUCGCAAGGUUAUUCCCAUGCCGAGCACUGGAGACGUCAUGUUCACACAUGCCAAUAUCACACGUGCUGCCCGUGAAUUCAACUACCAGCCAACGACUGACUUGGAAACCGGGUUGUCAAAGUUUGUGCAAUGGUACAAGUCAUACUACCGAGAAGGGAGUGGCAAUGAGCAUUCCCUUGAUGGCUACAAGCCUUACUGACUAGGCUAUAAUCCAAACUUAUCAAUUAUGUUUGGACUAUUGUAGUUUAGUGUAGUUAUAGGAGAGGCUUUUAGGCAAAAUAGCAUACACUUGUAUGCCCAAUAAUUGGGCUUCUGAGGAGUAGUUUGUCUUGAAUUGAAGAAAGAUUUCAAAUUGUU